GCAUGCUGAGCUCAACUGCAAUGACCCUUGUCCCACCAGACUAUGAACCCCUCUACCACGGCUUCCCUAUCUCCCUGCGUCAUCGGUGGGAAGCCUUCAAGCUUUGUCUGCGAUAUUGUGCGGAGCUCGCUGAGCAGGUAUUUGCGACGUCUUCGUCACCAUUAUGGCCCAUGGCGUCCUCUUUGCUGCCAUCAUUUCCCUGAGGAUUCAUUCAGUGCCUUUUCUCGCUCAGCCCCAACUUAGGCCCAUAGGAGCCGGCCCCUCGACCCAUUUGGCGUCCCCGGCCGUCCUUCCAGGCCUUUCAUCAGACAUUGUUUCGUGUGAUACCUUCAUUAUGGUUGCAGUGGGUAUAGUUUAUGUACAGCAGAUAGGUCCUAGUGAUAUCAGUUACUUAAAUCUUGUUUCUCCCAAUUGUCUCAUUUGCUGGUACUUGCAACUGCCACUCAUCAUAGCGACACAUUCGUUCCGAAGUUGUCUGAACGCAGUUUAUCAUGGUAGAGAAAUAUACGAACAACAAUUUGGUAUGUCGCCGCUUGGUACAUAUAUUGGAGGAUCCGUUAAAACAUCGAAUUCUUUUUAAUAGUUAUUUGCCAGCACUGGCCGACUGCGUGAUUCUCAAUUUCGUUGUGAUCGCAGUACCGUCAUCCAAUGAGACCAAAUUUUGAAUCUAAAUUUAACAAACUGGCAGCGCUAUAUCCGUUCCAAGCACACCUCGCGUCCUGCAAGUCCCACUGGAGGUGGGCCAGCGUGCGCAUCUU